CCCCACCACCAACCGUAUGUAACCACGACACGCUCCGACUCCGAGCUAACCUCUCUUCAGCGUGGGCAAACAAGAAGGACGCGAAACUCAGAAUUUAUUGAGAGCACACGGAGCCGAAGUAGAAGCACUCUAUCCAGUUAUUCUUGAAAGUCGUACAUUUGUCGCACGUCAGUGUAAUAAGUACAAUGUGCAGUCGCAAUGAUGAGGAGGAUGGCUCUCAGAGUCUUAUGGAAGGGAAAACAAAGCUAACGUGGACAGAAGUGUGUCAGAAAUGUUCGACAGAGAAGCCAGUGAUCCAAAUUCUCCAGAUCAAACAUGCAUAUUGCAGGAAUUGCUUCCUAGCACAUGUCAAUCACAAGUUUCGUUCCACACUCGGAAAGUCCAAGAUGAUGAAACCAUCUGAUGUCGUACUUGCUGCAUUUUCUGGGAGUGGUAAAUCUAAUGCAAUGCUUCACUUGCUACAUGCUGGUCUUUCAGAACAAAGUCACAAACGGUUCCUCUUCAAAGUGCAAGUUUUGUAUAUUGAUGAAGGGGCAAUCUUAGGAACUUCCCUCGAAGAUAGGACAGCUAACUUACAAGCAAUUUCAGGCAUUAUUGAGCAGUAUGGGUUUAAGUCUUAUUAUACAACUCUUGCUAGCAUUUUUGAAGAAACUGGUUCAAAGUGUUUUCCAUUGGUGAAGGACAGUACAUUAAAAAUUAAGGAAAAUUCUGAAGAAGAGCUUAAAAAUCUUUUUCUCAAUGUGAAAAGCCUCACAGCCAGGGAAGACUUGUUAAGACAACUACGAAGAAAGAUAUUCUUGCAAUCAGCAAAAGAAUUAGACUGUUGUAAAGUUUUUACUGCAAACACAUCUACUGACUUGGCAAUUCACAUAUUGACUGACGUUUCUCUAGGAAGAGGAUCUCAAAUGCACCAUGAUGUGUCAUUUUGUGAUCCGAGGGAUGCAAGUGUUAAGAUAAUUCGACCUCUGCUUGAGCUUUCUAGCAAGGAAGUCACUUAUUAUUCAGUGUUUCACGAACUAGAAAGCAUUUAUAUUCCUUCUCUUUGCACAAAGGCAUCUUCAGACAGCAGCAUUCACAAUAUGUCUAAACAAUUUGUGAUGGAAUUGAUGGAAAAUUUUCCAUCUACUGUAUCUACUGUGUUCCGUACAGGAGAAAAGUUGGGAUCUACAAACACUACUAAUACCUGUGAGACAGAGGAUAAUCUUUGUAUAAUUUGUCAGAUGAAGCUGGAUGUUAGUGUUGCUGCAUGUUCUUCAGUACAAGCCACAGACUUUUCACGGCUAAUUUCAUCUCUUGGUCCUGCUGGUUUUGAUAACAAGACACUGUCACAGCUGCCAGAUACCUCAAAAGGUAUUCUUUCUAAUCAAGCAGAUUCACUGCUUUGUAGUUCAUCUACAUCUUGCUGUUCAGAUUCAGAUGUACAAUGUGGUUGUCACAAAGAUGUGCAACGUUUAUCUUUCCCUGACGUGGAGAAAUUGUGCUGUUAUGGUUGUCGGCUCAUUAUACAUGAUAUGGAAAAUACUUCAAGCCUUCCUGAAAGUAUAUUGCACAAGGUUCGAACAAGAAGAAGCCUUGAGAAUAUGAGGGAAAGUAUUCAAGACUUCCUCCUUUAGCUUAAAUAGGAAGAAAAAUGAGACUUUUGCCAUACUUAGCUGGUAUACUGUAUAAUUUCCCAUCAGCAUAAAGGUAAAGCAUAUUUUUAAAUAAAAUAUUGAACAGAGAAA